AUGCCUUUACCAUCGUCCCAAUCGUCUGCGUCAUCCUCUCCCAGCCUAAAGCGGAAGCAGCCCACGAUCUCGAGCUUCUUCACGAAGAAACCCCUGGGUUCACAGCAGUCCCCUCCGAAUGAAGCCAACCGCUCACCCAGCGCCCCGAUCAACAACCCGGAAGAGCCUGAAAAUGCGGAACAUCCGGUAGAGGAAGAUGAUGAGGAGGAGAUAGUGGCCCCGGCUCCGAAACGGGCGAAGCCAAAUGGAUCACAGCAAGAAAACCGCAAGCAAAGCCCAAAGGCGAAGCCGGCGUCCCAUGCGGAGCAGGCUCCGCAGCCUGUGAGUAGCCAGCGGACCGAACUUUCGAAAUUUACUAGUUCUCCUGUGGUCGAUACGGCGGUCGAUGGGGUGAGUGAAUUAGACAACGGGGAGGCGAAAGCGCGGCAGAAAGAGAGGGAGAAACUACAUCAGAAGUUCGUUCGGAGACUUGGUGGGCCGGAUUGCCUUGUUGGAAUUGGUCGCAACAGUGUCAGCGAAACGACGAAUAUUGAGGAGGCUGGCGAAGGCGAGGAAGAUGAAGAGGCGGCGCAACCUCCACCGAAGGGGAAGGCAGCCGGGAAGAGAGGCGGAGGUAAACUCACGCCGAUGGAGAAGCAGGUAAUCGAGAUCAAAAAGAAGCACAUGGACACGAUAUUGCUUGUCGAAGUUGGGUACAAGUUUCGGUUUUUCGGUGAAGAUGCUAGGGUUGCUGCGAAGGAGCUUAGCAUUGUUUGCAUUCCUGGAAAGUUUCGAUAUGACGAACAUCCGUCAGAAGCCCACCUCGACCGUUUUGCCUCUGCAAGUAUACCCGUGCAGCGACUACAUGUCCAUGUAAAGCGCCUCGUCACCGCCGGACAUAAAGUGGGUGUGGUUAGGCAAUUGGAGACUGCUGCUCUGAAAGCAGCUGGAGAUAACCGAAACGCCCCAUUUGUUCGUAAAUUGACGAACGUUUACACCAAAAGUACCUACAUUGAUGAUAUCGAGGGCCUUGAAGGAUCUACGGUUGGAAUGUCUGGUGCUUCGGCCACCGGCUAUAUUCUUUGCAUAACGGAGACGAAUGCUCGGGGUUGGGGGAAUGAUGAGAAAGUACACGUGGGUAUUGUCGCUGUUCAGCCGACUACGGGCGAUAUCGUUUACGAUGAAUUCGAUGACGGCUUCAUGCGAAGCGAGAUAGAAACGCGACUGCUCCAUAUUGCGCCGUGCGAGCUUUUAAUUGUCGGCAAGCUAUCAAAAGCAACGGAGAAGCUCGUGCAGCAUAUUUCCGGGAGCAAGAUGAAUGUUUUUGGUGACGAAGUCCGGGUUGAAAGGGCGCCGAAGGAGAAAACUGCGGCGGCUGAAUCACAUAACCAUGUUUCGAGCUUUUACGCCGGGAAAAUGAAAUCUGCAGAUGCCGCGGAUGAUGAAGUCGCCAGUGACCUUCUCCAGAAAGUGCUCGCCUUGCCGGACCAAGUUACGAUCUGUUUAUCAUCUAUGAUCACACACAUGACCGAGUAUGGCUUGGAGCACGUUUUGCAAUUAACAAAGUACUUUCAGCAUUUCUCUUCGCGCUCUCACAUGCUCCUCAAUGGGAACACCCUGACAAGCCUUGAGAUCUACCAGAACCAGACAGAUCAUUCUUCCAAGGGUAGUCUAUUCUGGACGUUGGAUCGGACACAAACUCGGUUCGGGCAACGUUUGCUUCGAAAAUGGGUGGGGCGGCCGUUACUGGAUAAACAUCAGCUUGAGGAUCGAGUCAACGCUGUGGAAGAGUUGUUGAAUCCGGAAAACACUGUUUUGGUUGAGCGGGUCAAGGGUUUACUCGGAAAGAUCAAACACGACUUGGAGAAGGGCUUGAUCCGAGUGUACUACGGGAAGUGCUCUCGACCGGAACUCCUCACCAUUCUGCAGACAAUGCAAAUGGUAGCGCAAGAGUUCGCUGAUAUCAAGUCACCAGUGGAUACAGGGUUCACGUCUCCCGCCGUCAGCCAGGCCAUUGUGUCUCUGCCGACAAUUUUACAAGAUGUUGUGUCCUUUUUGAACAAGAUCAACAUGCAUGCAGCUAAGAGUGACGACAAGUAUGCGUUUUUCCGCGAGGAGGAAGAGACCGAGGAGAUCAGCGAGCACAAGCUUGGAAUCGGAGCCGUUGAGCAUGAGCUUCAGGAGCAUCGACCCGUAGCUGGAGAAGCUCUGGGAAAGAAAACAGUCACUUACGCCUCGGUUGCGGGUAUUGACUAUUUGGUUGAAGUUGAGAACAACUCGCCAGCCAUUAAGCGAGUGCCAGCAUCAUGGGUGAAAAUCAGCGGCACAAAGAAGGUGUCAAGAUUCCACACACCGGAAGUGAUCAAGCUGAUUCGACAGAGAGACCAGCAUAGGGAGGCCCUUGCUGCAGCGUGCGACAAAGCAUUCCUAGCCCUCCAAGGAGAUAUAGCAGCCAAUUACCAGGCUCUCCGAGACUGUGUGCAGUCCCUGGCAACUCUAGAUAGUCUGGUUUCCUUAGCCACGAUAGCCAGCCAGCCGGGCUACGUAAAGCCUGAAUAUACAGACGAUACGUGCAUCCAUGUUGAGCAAGGGCGGCAUCCGAUGGUGGAACAACUCUUGCUGGAUAGUUAUGUACCUAACGAUAUCGACUUGGACAGCGACAAAACGCGCGCGCUCUUGGUAACGGGGCCUAACAUGGGCGGGAAGUCCAGCUACGUGCGCCAAGUAGCGCUGAUUGCCAUCAUGGGACAGAUCGGCUCAUAUGUUCCCGCGCAGUCGGCAAAACUUGGGAUGCUCGAUGCGGUGUUUACUCGGAUGGGUGCAUUCGACAAUAUGCUAGCAGGCGAGUCUACAUUCAUGGUUGAACUUUCCGAGACAGCAGACAUCUUGAAGCAGGCGACGCCGCGAUCCCUGGUGAUUCUGGACGAAUUAGGACGAGGUACUUCCACUCACGACGGAGUCGCAAUUGCGCAGGCCGUUCUCGACUACAUGGUGCGGUCUAUUCAGAGCCUUACCCUCUUCAUCACGCAUUACCAGCAUCUCUCGGCCAUGGUGCACUCGUUCAGUGAGAACGAGCUGCGGAACGUGCAUAUGCGAUUCAGUGAGUCGGGUACUGGAGCGGACGAAGAUAUCACCUUUCUCUACGAAAUUGGAGAGGGUGUUGCGCAUCGCAGCUACGGUUUGAAUGUUGCGCGAUUGGCGAGUCUGCCAUCGUCGCUCCUAGAGAUGGCCAAGCAGAAGAGUGCAGAGUUGGAGGAGAAAAUCCGUCGCCGUCGACUUGCAGGACUUGUUGGAGCGGUUGGAGAUAUGAUGGGAUCGGCCGAUGAGGGGACGAUAGAGAAGCUUGUCAGCAGCAUGCAGGAACUGUAA